AUGACCAAGAUAAAUGGUUACAAAAGGUAUUUUGGUUUUCAACAUUGUAUGGCUAACAACAAUGGACAGAUAUGGUGCUUUUGGAACAAUGGGGGUCACACACAGGUCAUUGCCAACACUGAUCAACAGUUAACUCUUCAUCUUAAAGAUUCUCCCAGUGAUACAGGCAUUUUCGUAACAGCAGUCUAUGCCAAAUGCUCAGAUAUUACUGAGAUGAACAAUAAUAUUAAUGAUAUGCAGACUAAUAGAAUCAAUGCGUUACUUGGCAAAUUGAUUUCUGAAAAUCAAAGUGGAUUUGUUUCUGGUAGGCUUAUUACUGAUAAUGUUAUGCUCUCUCAGGAGAUUAUUCAUGGAAUUGCAAAAGAGAAUAUAGGUGGUAAUGUGGUUUUAAAACUAGAUAUGGCUAAAGCUUAUGACAGGCUCUCUUGGUCUUUUUUAAUCAAGGUUUGA